GCUCUCUGCUCAUUCAGUAAAGCUAGUAAAACAUAUCUAACCCGGAACCGGACGUGGCGAUAUAUCGCGCGUGAUGAUGACGACAUAAGUGUCAAACGCUGCUUUUCUUCGAUAACAUGCUUCUGUGAAAACUGAAACGCGAAGUCAUGGCUUUGAAUCAGCUGAAUCUACUGCGACCACUGCUGUGUCAGUCCCUGGCGCGGCAGGUCAGGUCUCCCCUCGUGGCCACCACCAGGGCCCGUGCACCGCUUCUGUACCCCAACACCACCUGCUACCCUGCUGCAUCCACCAGGUCGUAUGCCACCAAGAAGGCAAAAGCCAAGGCAAAGGGCCAGUCGGCUAAGGUGAAUAUUAAUUCAGCUCUGGUGGAAGACAUCAUUUGUCUGGAUGAGGUGAAGGAGAACAUGGCAGCUGUUCUAAAUGCACUCAAAGAUGACUUCACGCGCAACCUCAGUAUCCGAACCUCGCCAGGAGUUCUGGAUCACAUUGUGGUGACGACUCAAGAUGGGAAGUUUCCUCUCAACCAGCUGGGUCAGAUCUCCAUGAAAUCACCUCAGCUCAUUAUGAUCAACAUGAGCAGCUUCCCAGAGGCUACAGGGGCUGCCAUCCGUGCCCUGAGAGAGAGUGGCAUGAACCUUAACCCAGAUGCAGAUGGGACAGUCAUCAAGGUGCCCAUUCCCAAAGUCACACGGGAGCACCGAGAGAACCUCGCCAAGGUGGCCAAACAGUUCAGCAACAAGGCGAAAGACUCGCUGAGGAGAGUGCGAUCUAACGCCAUCGCACAGGUCAAAAAGGCAAAGGAGGGACACUCGGAGGACACCAUACGGCUUGUAGAAAAACAGAUUCAGCAGUUAUCAGACAGCAUUACAGAGGACAUCGAAAAACAGCUUGCAGCCAAGACCAAGGAGCUGUUAGGCUGACUGUGAUGGUCAAAACGACGCUGUUAUCAUUUGGUUAGAGCUGAUCCCACAGAUGGACACAUUAAACAGAAGCAUCACGUCAUUGUUCAAGUGUUGAUAAUUGAUGGUGACUCAGUCAAGUUAGCGAGCCUCCUAACAGGGGAACAAGUCCUGCAGCACACAUUUUGGUACUCCUGGCACAAACCGGGAUUUGGGUCCUGCUCACAUCACUGGCAAAGAUCUGCUCGUGGCUCCUGGGUGAUAUGUGUUUAACCAUCAGUGCAUAAACACAAAUUGGCACGGAAACAGCAACAACAACAGAUUUCCAGUCACCUCCCUCCUCCCUUGUUACUCUUCCUGUCUUCAAACAAACAUAGAGAGAGGGACGAAUGGGCUUUUAAUGGGAUUUGCGGACCUCCUCCUAAUCAAACCCGUUGCCACAAGGGCCGUCUGUUUAUAUAAAACAAGCGCACCCGUCUGAAUGUAAACUGGCUGCGGGUUUGUCUUGGUGGCAAGACCAAGAGAGAAAGGGAGAGAGAGUUUGUUCCAGAGACGCAGGAUAUCAUUAGCGUGUUGCCAAACAUUUGUUUCGCAUUGAUUCGAAGUCUGUUAAAACAUGCACUUGAGUUAAAAAAGGCCCGUGUCUAGGAUUGAUAAUAUGCCUGUUCUCUCGACAAUAAAGUCAGGAAAGCAACAUUAUUGAUGGACUCCAUUAAAGAAACACUGCUUUGUA